AUGAGACUCAAUUGGCCACUCAGAAUGUCUGCCAAUGUUUCAAGGACCUACAAUGAUGCGAUUUCAGCUCUGAACUCUUUACAAUCCAAUUACGCCAAUAUCAUGGCCGUCAGGGCGUCUGGUGAGCGCAAGAACCAGAUGAACAUUUGGGAAAUGCAAGAGUGGUCUCGCAGAAUUGGGUACAGUACGUCUGAUUUUGAUAAACUGAACAUCGUACACAUCACCGGUACGAAGGGCAAAGGCUCCACUGCUGCUUUUACCCAAUCUGUGCUCCAACAGUACAGUGACAAAAUCCACAAAAUAGGACUUUAUACCUCUCCACAUCUCAAAUCUGUCCGUGAAAGAAUCAGAAUAAAUGGGGAACCCAUUGGAGAGGAGAAGUUUGCCCGCUACUUCUUUGACGUCUGGGAAAAGCUGGAUGCCACAUCCUCUGCAACUGAUAAAUUCCCGCAUAUGACGCCCGGUAGUAAGCCUGGCUAUUUUAAGUAUCUGACACUACUCUCUUUCCAUGUAUUUACCCAAGAAGGCUGUGACUCCUGUAUUUACGAAGUGGGCGUUGGAGGCGAGUACGACAGCACCAAUAUUAUUGAAAACCCAACUGCGUGCGGCGUUUCACUGCUUGGAAUCGAUCAUACUUUCAUGCUGGGUGAUACAAUUGAAGAAAUUGCUUGGAACAAAGGUGGAAUUUUCAAGAAAGAUGCGCCUGCAUUCACUAUCGACUUGCAACCAUCGGCCGGGCUAAAAGUUUUGCGGGAAAGAGCGAAUGAGCGAGAAACAACACUCGUAGAAAUUCCAGUCUUCGACGAUUUGAAGCAUUUGAAGCUAGGUCUUGCUGGCGAAUUUCAAGUUACGAAUGCUUCGUUGGCCGUUGCUCUGGCCUCUCGGCAUCUUUUCAAGCUCAACAUCAUCCCUCAACCCUUGAAGAUGGAUAAGGACCUAGUUUUACCUGCAGAGUUCAAAAAGGGCCUAACGAAUGCGGAGUGGAAGGGGCGGUGCCAAACAGUGCUGGACGGAAAAAUUACAUGGUUAAUCGAUGGCGCGCACACCAAAGACAGUAUACAAGCGGCAUCAUCGUGGUUUAAGACUCAAGUAAUCGAAUCCGGAAGCAAAAAGAUCCUUCUGUUUAACCAGCAAACCAGAGAUGCUGAUGCUUUGAUAGCUGAUCUUUACAGCAGUUUGAAUCCCGAAGUGAAAUUCGACCGUGUUAUAUUCACCACAAACGUUACUUGGGCAUCUGGUACGUACAGUGCGGAUCUGGUUUCUAUGAAUACGUCCAAAGAGCAAGUGGAUAAGCUCGAGGUUCAAAAUGCCCUUCGCGAUACAUGGCUAAAAUUAGAACCAAGUUGUAAGGUUGACGUUGCUGCCAAUAUCGAAUCAGCCUGUGAUCUUGUGAAGACGUAUGAGGAGCCUGUUGAGGUUUUUGUUACUGGUUCUCUCCACCUUGUCGGUGGCCUUCUUGUUGUAUUCGAUGGGAAAUGA